CAGCUCGGAAGACCACAUCGGGUGGUCCACGGUCAACAAUUCAGUUUCGUUGUCAUCCUUGUGGAUACCCUACCGUACCGAGUGAGAGUCCUUUGCUGCUUGGUUGAUCCAUCCAUAGUCUCGAAGGAAUACCCGUCGCUUUAUUAGUGGUGCUGGGAUCCAACUAUUACCGGUAGGAUUGCUGGUGGGUGCCAAACAAAAAGAGUAGACAAUCUCAUUGUACGAAUCUAGAGCAAAAACUGAUCGUGGAAGAAGAAAAUGACCCUUGGAAGAACCGUCCAGUUGGGACUCUUGCAGGCCGUAGUGUUCUUUUUGGCCUUGAGUGCGGCGCAGGAAUGUGAUUCCAGUGGAAAUUGUGAUGCUCAUGAGCGAUGCAAAGCGUGGGUUGAGGAAGGCGAGUGCGUCAGAAACCGAGCCUACAUGGCCAAGCAUUGCCCUGUGGCUUGCAAAGACGAUCCCAACAAAAAUGUCAAAUUCACCAGUGAAUGCAAGGAUUUGCAUCCACGAUGUCCCGUAUGGAGAGAUUUGGGAGAAUGUGAGGAAAAUCCAGGGGAUAUGACUCGAUACUGCAGAAAAAGCUGCAAAAAGUGCAAGGAAGACCAAGAAGCAGAAGAAGACGACGAUGGGUGUGCCGACAAGAAUGAUAAUUGUCCCUUUUGGGCAUCCAAAGGGGAAUGCCAGGCAAAUCCUGGAUACAUGGAGGUGAAUUGUCCCAAGAGCUGCAAUGCCUGUGAAAAAGUCUAUGGUAAAAAGCCACGAAAAUUGGAAGCCGCUGGCACUUCCGAUGAUCGUAGAAAAGAGCGGCUGUUGGACUGGAGUGAAGAGGUGGGAGUGCGACAAAGUGCUGUAGGAUCCGAAACAGAAAACACAUUGCUCAGGAUUGUAGCUUCCAAAAAAUACUGGGAAGGAGAGGCACAUGAAGCCUUGCCUAAAGAUCUGAUUGCCCGGUGUCGCAAUCUUCAUGAGUUAUGUACCUUCUGGGCUUACUUGGGUGAAUGUGAAAAGAACCCGGCAUACAUGGCUACAAAUUGCGGACCAGCUUGCCACUCUUGCCAUCUCAUUGAUAUCAAAACACGUUGUCCACCCCUUGAAGAUGCCAGGCCUGGGCUUCGACCUGGGGCACUCAACAAAAUGUUCGAACGGAUUGUCAGAACAGCUCCUGGAAACAACACGGAGGACUCCUGGACUGAUGAUGUCAAACAAAGCAUGGAGGAACUAGGGACGCCGCCUUACACUGUCACGGUACACUCUCGUCCCAGUGAAGAACCAGCCACAGAUGUAGACCCUGUCUUGGACAAAUCGCUGCCACCUUGGGUGAUUACAUUCGACAAUUUCAUGACAGACGAGGAGUGUGAGGCAAUGAUUCAGCUAGGUUACAAAUAUGAAUACAAACGAUCUGAGGAUGUGGGAGAGGAGAAGGCUGAUGGGACCUUUGGAUCUGUAAAAAGCUCUCGGCGUACUUCAGAAAAUGCAUGGUGCUCUAGCCACGGUGGUUGUCGUGCUGAAGAAAUCCCCAGUCGUAUUCAUGAACGAAUUUCCAGGGUGAUGGAUAUUCCGGCAGUGAACAGUGAAGACUUCCAGAUCUUGAGAUAUGAAAAGAAUCAGUUCUAUCGAACACACCAUGACUACAUCCCACACCAAAAGGACAGACAGUGCGGACCACGCAUUCUUACUUUCUUCAUGUACUUGAGCGAUGUGGAAAAGGGUGGAGGUACAAACUUUCCUCAACUAGACAUCACAGUCCAGCCCAAGAGAGGCAGGGCGUUGCUAUGGCCCAGUGUCUAUGAUUCGGAUCCCAUGAAGAUGGAUUCUAGGUUUUACCACCAGGCAUUGUCAGUCGAGGAAGGCACCAAGUAUGCCUUUAAUGGCUGGAUUCAUAUGUAUGACUACGUGGAGCCACAAGCCACAGGAUGCAACUAGUUGGAUUAACUGCAACAAUUCGCUCCUUGGGCUUCAGUGCUUGGCCUCAACAACAAUUCGAUUCGAAGAGCAGUAACGAUGAAAAUUCUAUUAGAGAACAACGAUUAGAAACAGAAGAACACUGUUGGAUUGCCAUUGCGCUUUAGGGGCUUGAUCUAUCUGUCUAGGGACAGAAUCUUUUCUACCAAGCUAGCCA